AUGUGGGGAAAUGCGGAGGAAAUUUGCGGAGUAAAAAUUCCUCACUCUCCAACUAUACUCAAAUUGGCAAGUGUCGCCGGUAAACGCCAUGUUCAUACAUUAUUAUAUCGGGUACCUCGUGCACGUGUCGUGGCUGUAUGUAGCACAGUGCCUGAUGAGGUCGAGUGGGCGAAGGACAACGAGGAGUACAAAGAGUUCAGGAUUGCGGUAUACAGCAACUACAAUGAUAUGCUGGCUCACCAGGGACUUCAGGCCGUGUGGGUCUCAACCAAUACGGAUGUGCAUGCAAGCCAGACAUUGGCCGCCGUAGAAAGGGGCAUUCACGUCCUCUGCGAAAAGCCAUUGAGCACAGAUUUGAAUGAGGCCCAAUCCGUGGCCGAUACCGCCAAGAAAAACCCAGAGCUUAAGGUGAUGGCUAGAUUCUCACGACGCUUCGAUGCCUCAUACCGUGAUGCCAGUGACAAAAUAUUCCAAGGAAAUGCCACCGGGAGCCCAUUCAUGGUUCGCUCCAACACCUACGAUCUGCGUGAUGACACAGGAUUCUUUGUGCGCUACGCAAGCCGCAAUGGUGGUAUCUUUGUGGAUUGUGCCAUUUAUGACAUCGAUCUAUCCCUUUGGUACCUGGGGAACCCCCUACCCAAGGCCUGUUGGGCUGCUGGGACAUUGCAGCACCAUCCGGAACUGGAAGACCUUUCCGACGUUGACAACGCGGUGGGAAUCGUGGAGUUCUGGGGCGGAAAGAUUGCAUACUUCUACUGCCCGCGAACUCAAACCCUUGGACAUGAUGCGUGCACGGAGGUCACAGGCACCGAUGGGAAAAUCAUGGUGAAUGUCAUGCCCCGGCGCAAUCAGGUGGUAGUUGCCGACAAGUUAGGCAUGCGAAAUGAGGUGCCUGCUGUUUACACUGUCCGAUAUAUAGAUUUCUCCGAUAUAAAGAACAAUGAUUUUAUUACGGCUGGGUCCCUAGUUGGCAUGCUGCGCAGCCAAUGA